AUGGCUUGCGCCACGGCCUCCACCUUCACCUCGACCACCCUCAAGGGUGCCGUCGCGCUCCGCAAGUCGGAGCUCCUCGGGAACUCCGUCUCCGUCGCUUCCUCCAAGGCCAAGGCCGUCCGCGCCACGCCGGCCGUCUCCGCCAUGUACCAGGAUUCCGCGUACAACUUCCAAAACUUCAAGUUCCAGCCGAUCAAGGAGUCCAUCGUAGCACGCGAGAUGACGCGUCGGUACAUGACCGACAUGAUCACCUACGCGGACACCGACGUGGUCGUCGUCGGCGCGGGAUCCGCCGGCCUCUCCUGCGCGUACGAGCUGAGCAAGAACCCGAACGUCAACGUCGCCAUCAUCGAGCAGUCUGUGAGCCCCGGCGGUGGCGCGUGGCUCGGCGGACAGCUCUUCUCCGCCAUGGUGGUCCGCAAGCCCGCGCACCGCUUCCUCGACGAGCUCGAGAUCGCGUACGAUGAGGAGGAGGACUAUGUUGUGAUCAAGCACGCGGCGCUGUUCACGUCGACGAUUAUGAGCAAGCUGCUCGCGAGGCCUAACGUGAAGCUCUUCAAUGCCGUGUGCGCGGAGGACCUCAUUAUCAAGAACGGACGUGUUGGCGGUGUCGUCACCAACUGGGCUCUCGUCUCCAUGAACCACGACACACAGAGCUGCAUGGACCCCAAUGUCAUGGAGGCCAAGGUCGUGGUCUCAUCGUGCGGCCACGACGGCCCCUUCGGCGCCACCGGCGUGAAGCGUCUCAAGAGCAUCGGCCUGGUCGACAAGGUCCCCGGCAUGAAGUGCCUCGACAUGAACAUUGCUGAGGACGCGAUUGUGCGUUACACCCGCGAGGUGGUCCCCGGCAUGAUCGUCACCGGCAUGGAGGUCGCCGAGGUUGACGGCGCUCCCCGUAUGGGUCCGACCUUUGGAGCCAUGAUGGUUUCCGGGCAGAAGGCGGCUCACCUCGCCCUCAAGGCCCUCGGCCUACCCAAUGAGGUUGACGGUUCCGUGUCUGCUCUCUCUGCCCGUCCCGAGCUUGUUCUUGCUUCCUCCGAUGACACCCCUGCCUCUGCUUAA